AUGAGUAGACGUCCUAGGGGCAGCAGGGCAAAUGAAAACUUUGUUAACCUUCAAAGGGAUAUAAGGCUACCGGGAACACCACGUCCAAUUAAGCCCGUAGAGGACAACAUUGAUCGAACCCCUGAAUAUAAAGCUUUUAUGAAAAGUCUUGAAGAAUUUCAUAGGGCUCACGGCACUCCGCUGCAAAAAGAACCAGUUCUUGGUUCCAAAAAAUUGGAUUUAUACAAAAUAUAUAAUAUGGUGAUUUCUCACGGUGGUUGUGAAAAAAUUUGUCUAGAAAAAAGCUGGAAAAAAAUUUGCGAACCGUUCAAUUUUCCAUCAACUUGCACAAAUAGUGCUUAUGUAAUGAAAAAUGUAUAUAUAAGAUUUUUAGAAGCAUAUGAAAUGGAGAAACAUUGGGGCAAAACUGUACCAUACGGAGGUCUUCCGCCCAGACCACCAAUAUCUCCUUCUCAAAUUUCACAAUCUCAUGAUCAUCAAUAUACAACGCCACACCAAGAACUGUCAACACCUCCACUUCAAAGAAGGAUUCUGGCGCAAGAAAAUUUGCCAGGGUUCCUUCUUGGUGGAGGACAUCACAAUCGUAUACUUCUUGCCUUAAAAUCUAACCUUCCAAAUGAAGUGGAUUGGGCAUUCGAAAUUUUAGUACAACUUUCGGCGGACGAAAUAAUCAAUUUUUAUGUUGAUAAAAUUCCUGGUCUAGUGGAUACUAUUCUUUUAUUCGUGUCACCAUUUUAUAAAGACUUACGAAAGCUUACGGGACAUGAUUCUGUUUGCAUGUCCGCUAUGGAUUAUUGUAAAGAUGCAGAUAAUCUUGAGGCAACUAUCAACGAAUUUUUGAGUUCGUCGACAAAAGUUGAACAAUUAAAAAGGAUAAUGCAAAUAUUUUUAAUGUUCCGAAAUCUUUCUUUCACGGAACAUAACGUAAAGUUUAUGGCUGGGUAUAAGCCAUUACGUAGAUUUUUAAUAGAAAGUUUAGUGUUACCUGAGGUUGCGCGAUUAUCAGAAUUAAAACAUCAUUGUCUAGAGACGGUUACUAAUAUGUGUAGAGUUAUAACUUUGAGGAGUAGCAAAGAUGAACUUCUUUCAACCUUGCCCAAGUUGCUCUAUUCCAAAGAUAGUGCACUCGUUUUGCUUAGUAUUCGUGCAAUGGCUAGUUUAGCAGCAAACGAGCACAACGCCGAUUUUUUGCGAGAAAUAGAUCCUACUAUUGUUCAACGUUUAGUGCAAUUGUUGCUCAUUGAGGAUGAUGAAGAAUUAAUACUUGCGGUGUUAGAUUGGUUUUAUCAAUAUUCUACAUAUGAAGACUCUGCAUAUACUAUAGCUCAAAACGCUCCAGGAAAUUUCGUGCGUCUUUUAAUUAAUUUUUUACGCUAUGGAGCAAAUGAAGAAGAUUAUAUGUAUGAUCAAAGAACAUCAAUGGAAUCACAGCCCUUUCAAAUUCAUGGUGAAUUCGAGGAUUAUCCUGAGCCUUAUCGUACUUUAGAAUGGCUAAAAAGGUUUUAUGAAGAAUCGCAAUUUGAUGGUGUGCUACAAACGGAAAUUUGGUAUGCGUAUCGUGAUCAAUUUAUGAAUUCACCGAUGCCAAUGAUGCCAGCUGCGGAGGUUAUUAAGCAUGUUAAUCAGGCGUUUCCGGAAUCAAACGCCGCGCAAGCCGUUGCAAGAAGAGUCAACAAUGAAUCAUGCCGUUGGACUGGUUGCAUGAGUCUUCCCUUUGCUGUAGAGAAUGAUUUAUAUAAUCAUGUUUUUAAUGACCAUAUUAACUUAGAACAAGAGAGAUUCGAAUGUCACUGGAUGGGAUGUCGUCGGUUUCCCUGUGGUGUCGAUAGUCGAACAUCUGUCAUUGCUCACAUUAAAACGCACUUUCCAGUUCUUCCUGACUUUGAUGGUGACAACAGAAAACAUAGAGGAAAAUCGUCCAAGUUCAAAGUUUUGAAUAAAUAUGGCAAAAAUAACGGUAUUAUCAACCAUAGGACUCACGUCUCAGUAGAUGUGAAUGGAGAUGCUAUCGGGAUUCCUUUAACGGCUUCCCUAAUACUUAGAAACCUUUCUAUAUCGAGGAAAAAUCUACAAUAUUUUGAAGCGUAUGAACAAGAGUUGACCGAAUUAUUGGCUAAUUGUGUUGGAUUAUCUAAACAUUUGGCCGAAACAUUGAGCAAUCUGAAGUCCGUGUAA